AUGGCGGCGACAAAAACGAUCACGGAUGGGGGGAGGAUAACAGGGAUUAAAAAACGACAAGCGAAAUCGUUUAAUUUCCGGGAAAAUCCAUCAUUGAAAUUUUCACCGUUGGAUAUACCCAUGAACGAUCAACACAGAGGAAAUAAAAGGCACAGGAGGUGUUUGUCAUCGGCUAUUGCACUCCUUUGGCCACAAGUCGUCGGACCCGUUGAACAAGGAAUCAUAGAAGAAAAAGGUUUCGAUGACGUACCCAAAACACCGAUAGAAUAUCGAUUGGAUAAAAUUAGGGAAAAGGCACGACAGGAAGAAGAGCAAAGGUUGCUCAUACGGGAUUAUAUAAAAUCUUUAACGGAAGCUCAGGAUAAAUUUUAUGGGACACCCUACGAACAAACAACUUAUUUAGAUACGAAUUUAGUUUGA